AUGGUCCAAAAGAGACCAGUAGGCUUGGACUCAAAUCAGAGUUUCCCAGAGGAGAGACUCCAACUGAUUGAGAAAAUACUGGAGCCUUUCACCCGUGAUCUUAUAGACGUAUAUUUCGAAAAAGUCAAUUCUUCCUUCCCUCUACUUGACGAGGUCCAUUUCCGUAAACAGUACACAGAAAACAAGGGUGGAAUAUCCCCUGCGCUAUUAAGCUGUCUGUACGGUCACGCCAUCACCUUCUGGAGUAGCUCUCCUGUUCUGGCUCGUUAUCGGCGUCCUGAUGGACGGUUCAUAUGGAACCUUGCUACCGAAGCUAUAUACUCACAAUUACACAGGUCUCCUGGGUUAUCGGUGAUAGAGGCCGCUAUUUUGAACAUCGGUGGCCGAGAGGUUACUGCACUUAUUGGCAAUGGAGUUUUGUUCGCUUCAUCAGUUGCGAUGGCGCAUUCGCUGGGGUUAAAUCAUAGUCCGACGCAGUGGGAGAUACCACAGUCGGAGAAGAACUUAAGGAUGAAGAUUUGGUGGGCAUUAUUGAUUCACGAUAAAUGGCUGAGCUUAGCCCAUGGAACACCUCCGUUGAUCUCUACAACCCUGAACGAUGUCCCGAAACCUCUAAUAGAGAACCUCUGCGAAGAAGGCGCAUCUUCGGACAGAGUCCUCAAGUCUACUGUAUACAUCGCCCUUGUUGGGUUGACCGAUGUUCUAGACUUACAUCUCAGACACGUCCAUCAGCUCAGGAACGCCGACGAAACUAGAGAUACAACACACUUGGAGCUAGCAUUGAACAAUUGGGUGGAAGAUCUAAGCGACGAUAUACGCAGGGUCGUCAUUCGCGGAACCAACCUGAAGAUCCCCGGAGGUGCGAACUUGCGCUUGUCGUAUCUAACAGUCAGACUCUUAUCCCAAAGAAUCGAGCUCGAAUCCGAAAAGCGCAUUCGCGAAGCUGGCGACAGCCGUCUUCUAAACCGCUACAUGCAAGCCCGCCGAACCGCAGAAGACAUCCUCAUCCUAGCACAAGAGUUAGAGCCAGAACAUCUCUCCGACUUCUGGCUUCCCAGCAGCGCCUUUGCAUUCUCCACAACAGUCAGCUUCCUCCUCCGCUGCGCUCUAGAAACAGAGAACUCAACAUCAGGACUUGUCCAAAGUUCCUCCUUGAAAAUUGCUUCUGAUCUGUUGUCUACCCUGCGUUCACAUAAGGAGAAGUUUGCUUGGGAUCUUGGUGAUAUCUGUUUAGCGCAGCAUAGUGAAGUUGUGGAAAAGCUGCUUGCAAUUACGCCGCCUGAGGAUCCAAGUGCGGAGGAACCGCAGGACUUUUCGAGUUUCUUUAUGGCUGAUGAUGCGUUUAUGGAUCAGUUGUUUCCGAGUUUGUGGGAUCCGUUGCAGAAUGUUUGGUAG